AUGGCAGGUUGCUUGCUCGGUGGAGGAACGAUGGUCAACGCUUUGAUGUUUGUCCCACCUCAAGAUGCGGACUUCAACGACAAAUGGCCAAUGGGAUGGAAGUGGAGUGAGGUUGGUGCUUCCGCUGCCAGACUUUACGAGCGUAAUCCUGGAACUACCUUGGCUUCUGAAGACCGACAACGCUAUGACCAAAGUGCUUUCACCGUCUUUUCAUCAUUAUUCAAGACCAUGGGUUGGUCUCAAGUUGAUGCUAUCAAGGAGCCCAACCGUAAGACUGCAGUCUACAGCUAUCCUCCAUGGGAUAUCCAAGAUGGUUUGCGUGCUGGGCCAGUCAAAUCAUACCUCCCUCUCGCUAAUGCACUAUCCAAUUUCGAGUUGAUCCUGAAAACCAAGGUCGUACGUGUUGUUCGUUCCGGUUCUACUGCCACUGGUGUUGAAGUCGAGACUUCUACAGGAGCUCGUCAGAUCAUCAACUUGAAAGCUGGUGGCCACGUCGUCCUCGCAUCCGGGUCCAUGUCCAGUCCACGUAUCCUGUAUAACAGCGGCAUCGGCCCAACCGACCAACUCAGCACAGUUCAAUCCGGGUCUGCAUGCGUCACUCUUCCAGACGAAGCUGACUGGAUCAAUCUUCCAGUCGGACAGAAUCUCAAGGUCACCCAAUAUUCACGUUGA